AUGCGGUCCCUGUCCCAGGAGCCCGGAUUUACCCUGACGGUGCCGCAGUCGGUGUUGGUGCAGGAGGGUCUCUGCGUUCUCGUCCCCUGCACCUUCACGUACCCAGCCUCGUACAACACCGACAAUCCCUCGGCCCAGCUCUACGGAGCCUGGUACAAGGAGCCUGCUACUGUGGGCCAGGAUCCUCCCGUGGCCAGCAGUUUCACCAGCGUGGGGCUGUCGCAGGAGACCCAGGGCCGGUUCCGGCUGGCAGAGAAUCCAGAGCGCGGCGACUGCUCCCUGCAAAUCAGUGAUGCCCGACGGACGGAUGCCGGGAGAUAUUUCCUUAACAUCGAGAAAGGCAUAUUUGAACACACUUACCACUCCAAUUCCGAUGGCGCUGACCCUGCGCUCACGAUCUCUGUGACAGGGCUGACGGAGAAUCCAGAGAUCCAGAUCUCGCCGGCGCGGGGGCUGCCAGGGACGCUGCUGGCCGGGGAGCCGGUGACUGUGACCUGCACGGCCCCUGGGCGCUGCUCCGGGCCCCCUCCCCGAGUCACCUGGACGGGGCCGUUCAGCGACACAGCCCGGAACGUCUCAGCCCCGCUGGCGAACGGCACCUGGGCCCACAGCUCCGUGCUCAGCUUCAUGCCCAGCUUGGAGGACGAUGGCAAAGAGCUCGUCUGCAACGUCACCUACAGGCCACCACGGGGACCUUCCACCCGCAGAACCGUCCGGCUCCACGUCGGCUACAGCCCCCGGCCGGGGACCGGGCUGAACUCGUCCUGCCAGCGCCAGGGGCCCAGCAUCAACUGCAGCUGCUCCCUGCGCUCCCAGCCCCCGCCCCAGCUCCAGUGGCAAGUGGACGGGGAGCCCCUGGCUGGGAAUGGCUCACGAGGGGGCCUGCAGGUCAGCUCCUGGGCCCAGGGGGACGAGGCCGUCAGCACCCUGAGCUGGACGGGGAGCGCUGAUGGAGGCCAUCAGAUCUUUUGCCUCGGUUCCAACCCCCACGGGUUCUAUAUUUUACUGCUGAGCCCACCGGAAACAGGUGGCCUCACUCGGGCAUUGAUCGAAAUCAGCUGCAAACUCGUCUUCGUGGUGACUGGAUUUUUCCUGGCCUAUUACCUCACCCUGCUCUAUUACAGACGGACACUCUGCUGCUCUCAUGAAAGCAGAAGGAAGGACCGGCCAGGGGACAGGGAAUCCACGGUGCCUGAGUUCGGCGUGUAG